AGGGGAGAGGCAGACGCCGAGGCGAGGGACUCGCGCUGCGGGCGGUGGCUCCGAGCGGCGGCCGGGCGGGGGGCGCUGGAGACCAGGCCGGCUGGGGGGGGGGUAUCCUGAGAGCUCCAUGAAGUCCCCCCGGGGCCGCGGACGGGGCGCUGGCUUGGGGAGGCUGUCGGGGGUGCCCCGACAUCCAUGGCAAGGCGGGGGCCGCGGCGGCGCGCUCGGAGGCCGGCGGCGGCGGCUGCCCCGAGGGACGCGGCCCUAGGCGGUGGCGAUGGGGGCCGCCCGGAUCGCACCCGGCCUGGCGCUCCUGCUCUGCUGCCCGGUGUUCAGCUCCGCGUACGCGCUGGUGGAUGCAGAUGACGUCAUGACUAAAGAGGAACAGAUCUUCCUGCUGCACCGUGCUCAGGCCCAGUGUGAGAAACGGCUCAAGGAAGUCCUGCAGAGGCCAGCACAGCUGACAGCCAUCAUUCCUAUCCUGGUUUCUCCAGCCAACAUAAUGGAAUCAGACAAGGGAUGGACAUCUGCGUCCACAUCAGGGAAGCCCAGGAAAGAUAAGGCAUCUGGGAAGCUCUACCCCGAAUCUGAGGAGGACAAGGAGACACCCACUGGCAGCAGGCACCGAGGGCGCCCCUGCCUGCCUGAAUGGGACCACAUCCUGUGCUGGCCGCUGGGGGCACCAGGUGAGGUGGUGGCUGUGCCCUGUCCCGACUACAUUUAUGACUUCAAUCACAAAGGCCAUGCCUACCGACGCUGUGACCGAAAUGGCAGCUGGGAGCUGGUGCCUGGGCACAACAGGACAUGGGCCAACUACAGCGAGUGUGUCAAAUUUCUCACCAAUGAGACUCGUGAACGGGAGGUGUUUGACCGCCUGGGCAUGAUCUACACCGUGGGCUACUCCGUGUCCCUGGCGUCCCUCACCGUAGCUGUGCUCAUCCUGGCCUACUUUAGGCGGCUGCACUGCACGCGCAACUACAUCCACAUGCACCUGUUCCUGUCCUUUAUGCUGCGCGCCGUGAGCAUCUUCGUCAAGGACGCGGUGCUCUACUCUGGCGCCACGCUCGAUGAGGCUGAGCGCCUCACCGAGGAGGAGCUGCGCGCCAUCGCCCAGGCGCCCCCGCCGCCCGCUGCCGCCGCUGCCGGCUACGCGGGCUGCAGGGUGGCUGUGACCUUCUUCCUUUACUUCCUGGCCACCAACUACUACUGGCUUCUGGUGGAGGGGCUGUACCUGCACAGCCUCAUCUUCAUGGCCUUCUUCUCGGAGAAGAAGUACCUGCGGGGCUUCACGGUCUUCGGCUGGGGUCUGCCCGCUGUCUUCGUGGCUGUGUGGGUCAGUGUCAGAGCUACCCUGGCCAACACCGGGUGCUGGGACUUGAGCUCCGGGAACAAAAAGUGGAUCAUCCAGGUGCCCAUCCUUGCCUCCAUUGUGCUCAACUUCAUCCUCUUCAUCAAUAUCGUCCGGGUGCUCGCCACCAAGCUGCGGGAGACCAACGCCGGCCGGUGUGACACACGGCAGCAGUACCGGAAGCUGCUCAAAUCCACGCUGGUGCUCAUGCCCCUCUUCGGUGUCCACUAUAUCGUCUUCAUGGCCACACCGUACACCGAGGUCUCAGGGACACUCUGGCAAGUCCAGAUGCACUAUGAGAUGCUCUUCAACUCCUUCCAGGGAUUUUUUGUCGCCAUCAUAUACUGUUUUUGCAACGGCGAGGUACAAGCUGAGAUCAAGAAAUCUUGGAGCCGCUGGACACUGGCACUGGACUUCAAGCGCAAGGCACGCAGUGGGAGCAGCAGCUACAGCUAUGGCCCCAUGGUGUCCCACACAAGUGUGACCAACAUCGGCCCCCGUGUGGGACUCGGCCUGCCCCUCAGCCCCCGCCUGCUGCCCGCUGCCACCACCAAUGGCCACGCUCAGCUGCCUGGCCAUGCCAAGCCAGGGGCCCCAGCCCUGGAGGCCCUCGAGACCACACCACCUGCCGUGGCUGCUCCCAAGGACGAUGGGUUCCUCAACGGCUCCUGCUCAGGCCUGGACGAGGAUGCCUCUGGGCCUGAGCGGCCACCCACCCUGCUGCAGGAAGAGUGGGAGACAGUCAUGUGACCAGGCCCGGGGGUGGGGCCUGCAGCCAUGGUGGAUGGACAGAUGGACCAAAAGAUGGGUGGUUGGAUGGUUGCCCACUCACGGCUGGGGCUGAGAGAAAAAACAGAGGAAAAAAAAGAAAAAGGAAAAGGAA